AGCUGGAGUCAAGAGCAAGCCAAAGAAAUCCAUUCAUUUCAGCAAAACUGCAGCAAAAUAAUCGCUGAGGUACCGACAGUGCAGAGUAUUUUUUGCCAUUCAGCUACUAUUCCCUAUGACAGUUGAACGGAACAUGUCCACAAAGGUAGCUGUAGUCACUGGUGGCAACAAAGGGAUAGGUUUUGCCAUUGUAAAACUGUUAUGUCACAAGUUCGACGGGCAUGUCUACCUGACAGCACGCAACAAAGAUCGCGGGAAAGCUGCCCUAGAGCAGCUUAAGAAACUCGGACUUAAUCCUAGGUUUCACGAGCUCGACAUUGACGACGUGGUCAGCAUUUCUAGGCUGCACGAUUUCCUGAAAGAUACUUACGGCGGCCUGGACGUUCUUGUCAACAACGCUGCUUUAGGAUACCACAAAGACGACUCCGGCUUUCUAUACCACCAGCAAGUGGAGCAAAUCGUUCGAACAAACUACUUUUCAGUGGUCAAUGUUUGCAACCAUCUGUUUCCUAUUCUUCGUCCUCAUGCACGCAUUGUCAACGUUAGCAGUUCAGCUGGCAUGCUGAAAAGGAUACCGGGCGAAGAAAUUCAAAGCAAGUUUAUCGCAGCCGAUACAGUGGAAAAAUUAAGUGAACUAAUGAAAGCCUACGUUGCUGACGUUAAGGCCGGAAGCCACAUGCAAAAUGGCUGGGGGGAUCAGCCAUACAUAGUGUCGAAGGUUGGGCUAACUGCACUCACUUCGAUUCAGCAGCGAGCUUUUAGCGAGGACGUGACAAGACCAGAUAUUGUGGUGAAUGCUGUGCAUCCUGGUAGAGUGCAAACAGAUAUGAGCAAUCACAAAGGAAACAUGACCACAGAUGAAGGAGCCGAGGCACCUGUGUUCCUAGCGCUAUUACCUAUGAAUAGUGAGUCCCCUAAGGGGCACUUUGUCUGGAGUGACAAAAAAAUAGUUCCUUGGGACGGUCCACGACCAGACAGUUAAAUCUCUGUCCAUGAGGCUAUGUAGUUGGACAAUAAAUGCUCUUAAUACUGUU